CAUCAGUCUACACCAGCUCGGAGCAACAUUUAUGAUAGGGACGCCCAGUUCAUAAAAGACGGCACAGCGAAUAGACAUGGUUAUUUUUUUUCUUUUUUUGAGAUAAACAGCUUUCAUACUUUUAUGACUAUUCGAUAACCGGUUCGCGGGGUUACCAUACAAACGAAUGCUAAGCGUUGGAACGUUCAAAAAGCAUGCCAACUUAAAGGCAUUCAAUCAUUUCAUGUCGACUGAAGAACAACGCCAUAUGUUUCCAUAUGUUUUUUUUGUGACGUGAAUGGAAGUGUUUUAGCUCAAGCGGACAGUGCAGUGUAACACUUCGGGAAGUGGGAAAACGCACAACGAAUUGUGCACUGGAAAAAACCCUUGGGAGGUGGAGACAACAAAGCAAAAAAAAAAGAAAGAAAAAACUGUAACAUGCCGUAUACCAUAGUAGAAGUUGAUGAUACCACAAACGGUGAGGUACUACUGGCUGCGCCAGAAAAAUGGGUCGUAACUCCAACCAAAGGAGUUGCACAUCUUUACUGGCCCGACACGAAUCUGGUUGACAAUGUGAGGGAACUGUGGGAAGACGAUCAAAGCGUUCCAACGGAGGAGUGGGACAAAUGGGAAUGCAAAAUAGUGCAGCAAAAUAUUGAGUCGCAAGCAAAGGCGGAAUUUUUUUUACAGAAUUUACAAAAGUUCGAUUGUACGGUUAAAGCGAGUUUGACAGCUUCGACUAGCAACGCCACUGUUACCAAUGUCACGUUGGGCAAUCCUGCUCCGCCAGCAAACCAGCCGAAUAUUGGAAGGAUGAUAAACAGCAGCUGCAACAAGACUUCAGCGUUAGAACGGGAGCUAUUGGGCCCUUCGCCGAGACCGAUGGUAUCGAGCAACCCAUUAAACCAACGAGGAGACAACAAAAGGCGAAAUACAUCAUCAAUACAUAACACGGAUCAAUACUAUGGUCUGUAUGAAGAACUUUGCAAUUUACAGCAAAUAUUGCGAUCAUUUGUUACGUCCCCAACGGGCUCGACACAAAAGGAGCUAACAACAAGUGGACCAAAUAACCCACAUAGCGCGAGAAGCGAACCGAAAGACGAUGCCAUGGAGAUGAAACAAAAGCUAUUCGGUCUGCUUCAAGAGCUGAAGGUUAUGAUGAAAGGCGAUCAGGAAGAGACAAGAGCUAAACUGAAUGAAGUAUCGAAACAAAUCCAAUCAAACACGUCCAAGAGUCGGUUGAGAGAGAAGAGAAGAGAAGAGAAGAGAGAAACGGUUAUGACAAAAUCGGCCAUCCCGUCUGCAACUCCGAACAAACCCAAAGUGUAUCAUCUAACGAACCUAGAUGACAUGAAAAAGUUUGAACAACGUUUGAAUGAUCGAAUCUUUCAGCAGAAGGCUCGCAAACGGGUGAAGCGUGUUGUUGCUCGCGAGGAUGGGCCUGGCAAAUGCAUGAAGCGCAUGUGGGACAUAAUGUUCGAUAAAGCGCCUGUCGAGAAGUUUAGCUGGGCUGGCACGAAUUCAAAAAUUGCACUGCGUGAUUACAAGAACAUCGUCGAUCUGUACAAGUACGGUGGUACCACCGAUGCAAACCACCCGGUGAAUGAUAUGCAGGUGAGAGCGUUUUUUCUUAAAAGUAUCAAGUACGCGACAGAUUUGAAGAACAUACAGAAUUGUAACGAGAAAAAGGCACGGCAAGCGAAAUGUGAUAAGAUUCGUAAACCACCAUCAAGCUGGUGGAGCGUGCAGGAUGCAUGGCUGGAAGAGAAUGUGCAUGAACAAGAUGAAAGCGGUGGUGUACAGGAGCAAAGUACAGAGCAGUAUAAUACCGGCGAGCAGGAAGAAUACGUCGAAGAGUAUGAAUGCGUUGAUGAGAUGCAAAAUUCAGUUUCAGAGGAAAAUUGUAUAGUAUUUUGCGACUCGAUAGAAACAUUGAAUCAAUUCGAGAUCGAUUUAAAUGACCCAAAAUGCCAAGCUGAAACAAUAGAAUGGAUCGAGAAGACGUUUGGUCAUAUUGAGAAUGCGGAAGAUCGGAUGACGUUAUUGCUGGAGCGAUUAAUUGAUGAAAACGUCUUGUUCAACUUUUGCUGGAUGAACGUUGGUAGUGGAAAGUGUUCGUUGAUAAAGUACAUAAACUUUAUCCGACUGUUUCAAUACACCUCCAGAACUGUACUACAUCAGGCUGUAAUGAUCGACCAUGGUUGUGUGGAAGUUUUUUUUAAGAAUUUAUUAGAUGUCUACGAUAAUGUUGAUGUACAACCGUCAAAUUGUACUGCUAGCAGCAUGGUUGACCUGUCUGGUGGUACAGUCGUCGACUCGUGCGACUUAACAGCAUGCCCGUCGAUGGUUCAAGCCCCCAAUGGAACGUGCCCCCAAACGUUGGACUAUUCUGCUAUGGACAAUCAAUAACCCUCCAUUAGGCCCCUCCCAUACGUAUGAAUUACCAUGCUGCAACGAUCUAACCAAUAAGUUACUGUUAGCCAAACCUAUUAGUUGCUUAAGCAGGCCUAGAUCGACUACGAUCGUGGCGCCUAAUACUAAUAUUAAUAUGAUUAGAUUACACUUGCCAAGUUAAGAUCAAAGUAAAUUUAUGUAUCAGGAGGGAUUUUCCAGUGCAAUUUGACGUCCAAGAAUGAAAAGAUAAAGUUAACCCGAUUUGAUAGUUACAUUUACAACAAACUGAGAGAUUUUAUGGUUUUUCUUUAUACUAACUCAUAAGUAUAUCCUAAAUUUUCACUAUUUUACACACAUUUUGGAAACAAUUGCCCGUCUGAUGAACGGAACUAAAGUGUCCUUAAGAUCUUAGUCUCAAUUUAAAAAAGGAGGUUUAGAAAGUAUUUGGCUUCUCAACGAGACACCGUGUCAACGUCAUGGCACACUAAAUUUUGUUAUGUUUUUCGAUGGAUUGGUGAAGAAGAAUGCUAUAAGCCCACUUAAUGUAUACAUGUAUUCGAUUUGAUUUACCUAUUACUCUCCAUAUAUCGUAGGUGUGAAACCGAAUUUAAAAUAAAUAAAACAAUAAACGAUGCAUACGAACGAAAUGUGAUUAAGGGCCAUGCUUCAG